CACGCAUGCGUACUAGAGCGGCGAGACCAUUUUAAAGGAAGAAAGGAAAACAGGCAUAGUUACUGACAAUCAGUAAUAAAUCAACAGUUUAAAAUAAUUAGAGCUAUGUUUGUCCUGACAAACCCGGAAAGGUAAAAGUUCCCCGCGGAUCCAACAGAAAAACCGGCUUCCGAUACUCCAGCUAAGCGUCUGUUCUGAGUGUAUUGUUGUAAUUGGGGUGUGUGUGUGUGUGUGAGUGACUGAGUUUGUGUGUGUGUGUGUGUGUGUGUCCAGAUGGAUGGAGACGAGGAGAUCCGCUCAGAUGAUGGCAGCGCUACUCCAGUCCAGGACGAGCCGGAGGAUGCCAGACCCCCAUCACCACCAUCUGAGGAUGAAGGCAGUGAUAACGAGGACGCGGCUCACGACAGGACGUCUGAGAACGCAGACAGCGGCUCGGAUCACGAGGCCCGUGGAGGACGAGACGAGAGCGAUUCAGAGCCCGAGCCGCCGCGGCCCGCAGACAGCGAUGAGGACAGCUCUCCUGUGAAGCGAAGAGUGAGCACCUCAGACAUGGAGGAGGAAGAGGAGGAGAAACCACUCCCAGCAAGUGACUCCGAGCCGGAGGAAACAGAGAAGAGACACAGCCCUAAAUCAGACGCGGCCAGCGAUUCAGACGAGAACAAACCCAAACAGAAAACUCAGAGAGACUCUGAUGCAGAAGAAGAGGGAGGGAGGAAGGAGAAGGGAAAGUGGAAAGCUGUGAUGAACUCAGACAGUGAUGAAGAGGAGGAGCGACCGAAGCAGGAAGCAGGAAGUGAUGAGGACGAAGGACCCAAACAACGGGCUCUGGCCAGUGAUGAUGAUGAUGAUGAUGAUGAUGAGAAGCCUGUGAAGAGGAAGAAAGUUGUUCUGUCAGACAGUGAUGAAGAUGAUGAGAAAGAGGUGAAGAAGAGCCGGCUGGUGUCUGAUGAUGAAGACUCCGGCAGUGAUGAAGGCUCUGGAGCUCCUGAUAAGAGUUUAGCAGCUAAACUGAAAGAGCUGGGCUCAGACAGCGAGGAUGAGGAGGACACGAUGAAGAAGGAUACAGGGAAGAAGGACGAGACCGCUCUGUUCGGCAGCAACAGCGACUCUGGCGACGACGAGGAAGAAAAAAUGAUCGCAGACAUCUUUGGAGAGUCCGGUGAUGAGGAAGAGGAGGAGUUUACAGGCUUCAAUCAAGAGGAGCUGGAGGCCGAGCGGCCGCAGACUCAGGCGUCGGGGCCGAAGGGAGCGGAGAUCGACUCUGAUUCAGACGACGAUGUGGACAGAGGAGGAAAAGACAUGUCCUUCAUGUCAGACUUUGACAUCAUGCUGGCCCGGAAGAAAGCCCAGAGCGGGAAACGCAGACGCAACCGAGACGGAGGAACGUUCAUCAGUGACGCCGAUGAUGUCGUGAGCGCCAUGGUCAUCAAAAUGACAGAAGCAGCAGAGGAGGACCGGAGUCUGAACAGCAGGAAGAAGCCGGCUCUGAAGAAGCUCAUGCUUCUGCCCACAGUGGUGAUGCAUCUGAAGAAGCAGGAUCUGAAGGACACGUUCAUAGACAGCGGUGUGAUGACGGCCAUAAAGGAGUGGAUCAGUCCUCUCCCAGAUAAGAGUCUGCCGGCGCUCAAGAUACGAGAGGAGCUCCUCAAGAUCCUGCAGGAACUGCCCAGCGUGAGUCAGGAAACACUGAAGCUCAGUGGAAUCGGUCGAGCCGUCAUGUACCUCUACAAACACCCGAAAGAGUCUCGAGCCAACAAAGACCUCGCGCUCAAACUCAUCAACGAGUGGUCACGGCCCAUCUUCGGUUUAUCCUCUAACUACAAGGGAAUGACUCGAGAGGAGAGAGAGCAGAGAGACCUGGACCAGCAGAUCGCCCCGCGCAGACGCCUCAGUUCAGGAGGACAGACUCCUCGCAGAGAUCUGGAGAAAGUGCUCACCGGAGAGGAGAAGGCGUUGCGGCCGGGUGACCCGGGCUUCUGUGCUCGAGCUCGUGUGCCCAUGCCCUCCAAUAAGGACUAUGUGGUUCGGCCCAAAUGGAACGUGGAUGGGGACUCCAACCGGGCUCCGCUGAAGAAGGGCAUGUCGCGAGUAGAUAAACAGAUGCGGCGGAUCGCAGACAUCAAGCGCCUGACGAAGACGGGUCACGCGGUGAAGAUUAGCGUGGAGGGGAACCGCAUGCCUCUCUGACGUGCAGUCCUCGAUCCUCCAGCGAUUCCCACAAUGCCGUGUGUCUGUACUCUAGCUGCGUUUGCUCCUCUGGGAUCGUU